AUUGAAUUGGAAAGCCCUGAAUUUUAAUUUUUUUUCGGUUUAUGUCUUGUUUGCAAUAUUGUUGCUGUAAUAAAAGAGAAUUUAUAUCUUAACAUUUAGACUGAAGGGAAAUGGAUCACAUAGGUGAAUCUUUGCAAAUAAUUCGAGUAACGACGGACGAAAACGAUGGAGUGAUAAGUCAUGGACUUGAGCUAAAUGAAGAGAAUCUGGCAAAAAUUCUGAUGCACCCAGAUGUUAAGGAUAAUCCUGUGGUUAUCGUGUCCGUGGCUGGGGCCUUCAGAAAGGGAAAAUCAUUUCUAAUGGGAUUUUUCCUGCAGUUUUUUCAGACUGAAUCUGAAGACUAUGAAUGGCUACAUGAUGAAGACGUGAUCGAAGGAUUUGAGUGGAGAGGUGGUUCAGAAAGAGUAACGUCUGGAAUUCAUAUUUGGAGCAAACCUUUUAUUCGAGAAAACAAAUGUGGAGAAAAGGUUGCAAUUUUAUUAAUGGACACGCAAGGAGUUUUUGACAGCGAAUCCACAGUAAAAGACUGUGCCAGUGUGUUUGCUCUCAGCAAUCUGAUCAGCUCGGUGCAGAUUUAUAACCUAAUGCAACAGCUACAAGAAAACGACCUGCAGCAUUUCGAGUUUUUCUCUGAGUUCGGAAGACUUGCAGUUGAAACAUCAGGAGAAACACUGGCCACCAGAUCACGGCUGAUAUUUCUCAUCCGUGAUUGGGGAGUUCCAUAUGAAUAUCCGUACGGAAAAGAUGGAGGGAGCGCAUACAUAGCAAAGAAACUUAAAGUACAUCAAAGUCAACACGAAGAACAUCAGCGACUUCGCAGAAAUUUGGAUGCAUGUUUCCCAGACAUUGGAGGGUUUCUUUUACCUCAUCCUGGCAAAGUUGUUGUUACAAGCAAAACUUUUAAUGGAAAGGUGAAAGAUAUCGAUGAGGAAUUCAUUCAGUAUGUAAAGGAAUUUGUUCCUUAUAUUGUGUCGAGGGAAAAACUGGUUACAAAGCGGAUCAAUAGCACUGACGUAAAAGGAGAAGACUUGUUAAACUAUAUCAAAGCAUAUGUCCACUCCCUGAAAAAUGAAGAGCUUCCAAGUCCACAGACGACUUUUGAGGCUACAGCAGCAGUGGGAAGACGAUUAGCCGUUAAUAAGGCAUUGAAAUUAUACACUGUCGGGAUGAAAGAGGUUUGUGAUCUACCAGUUGGGCAGUUCCUUCACGAGACCGAAUUAAGAAGUAAACAUGAACAUUAUAAAGCAAAGGCAAGGGAGGCACUGAAAGACACACCAAGAAUGCAUGUGGUGGAGCAUGAAUUUGAAUGCAAAGCACAACUUGACUCUCAAAUCGAAGAAGCAUUUAACUACUUUAAAAGUCUGAUAGCACAGCAAAACUCAAACGCAAUUCUUAAACAAAUGGCAGAUGCAGCUAUUGCAGCCAAGAGAAAAGCCCAAGCCGCUUUAGCUGCAACGGGUACAGCAGCUCUUACUGCAGGGGCAGCUGUGGUUGCAUUUCUUAUUAAGAGAUAGAUAACAAAAAAAGGAAGUCUGCAGAUGUCAGGUCUUCCUUAAAUUUUGUCAGUUUAUUUGCAGUUUAAAGGUAGAGGUUAUAAUCAUAAGUUUUAACAUUAUAAGAAAAAACUGAAAAAAAAGAGCAUCAAUCUUAAGGAGAAAAAUAAAACUUAAAGGAAAUAAAAUUUUCAGAGAACCCAAGGUACUUAAACAAGGAGUUAAGAUGACCUGCACCACUGGUUGAUCAUAAAAGUGUUGUCUGUCACUCAGUGCGUAUAAAUUUUCAAAUUUUGGCUUCUAUCCCAGAAUCACUGGACCGAUUUUCCUCCAUCAUAACCAAAGCAGGCGGGCAUAUAUUUUUUCAAAUUGGUCAUUUUUACAAGAAAAGUUUUUCCGUUUUCUUUUCCGCAAUGGGCUUACUGAAAUUAUUUAGGUCAAUAUCUGAGCAAUUUCGUUGUUGAAUGGUCCUUUUGGAUUAUGGUCGCUUUCGGUAAAACAGGUAGAGACAGG